AUGAGAAAUGGUGCACUUAAAGGAGGUUUUCCAAAACGGAUGAGCGAUUUGAUUAGCUUGCGGCAUCUAAACUACUGUUAUCAUCGUGCAGAAUUGAAAAUGCCGGUGCAGAUGGGACUAUUGACUUGUCUUCAAACUCUGGAGUUUUUUAAUGUAAGUCAAGAGAAGGGUUGUGGCAUCGAAGAGCUUGGGACCUUGAAAUAUCUGAAAGGAUCGUUGGAGAUAAGAAAUCUUGGACUAGUGAAGGGCAAAGAAGCAGCUAAACAAGCAAAAUUGUUUGAAAAGCCAGAUCUGUCCGACUUGGUGUUUGAAUGGAGAGUGGGGAUCGGGAAAGCGAUAACCGUGAGGAGGAUGUGUUGGAAGGCAUUGCGGAUAGGAGACUGCAAGAGAUGCAGUGAACUCCCCUCAUUAGGACAACUGCCAUCCCUCAAACGUCUCUAUUUGAUAGGAUUGGACAACAUUCGAUUUAUUGGAGAUGAAUUCUACGGUAUUACUGCUAAUGAGGAGGAGGAGGAGGAGGGCAGAUCACGAGCAUCAGGGAGCGGCAGUAGAAGGCGAAAAUUCUUUCCUGCCCUUGAAAGCCUCUGGGUCUACGGUAUGGGGAAUUUGGCAGAGUGGAAAGGUGCAGACCAAGUGAGGUCAACAGUAGGUGAAGCAGAAGCAGAUGUCUUUCCCGUGCUGAGGAAUUUUUACAUUCGAGAUUGCCCACAGCUGACCGCUCUUGCAUGCUCGGGUAAAAGUCUAUACGUGGAGAAGUGCCAUAAUCUAACAAGUAUAAAAAGGGGUUACGGCACUGCUUCUGUUGAGAAGUUACGGAUCGAAUCUUGCGACAAUCUUAGGGAGCUGCCAGAUCUGGAUCUGUUUGGAUCGAGUUUGCAGCGAUUGACCAUCUCAUUUUGCCCAAGAUUAAUUAGUCUGGGAGUAAAUGGACAGAAAUGCCCCCUACCAUGCCUUGAGGAAUUGAGUAUUCAUAAUUGCGAAGGGUUGACCACUAUAUCCGACAAAAUGUUCCAGUCUCUGCGGUCCCUGACGGUGAAGCGUUGCCCCAAUCUGGUAUCAUUUUCGCUUAAUUUGCAGGAGACGCCUUCUCUCGAGAAAUUCGUCUUAGAGAACUGUCCCAAAUUGAUCCCUCAUAGUUUCAAAGGAUUUGCUUUUGCCACCAGCUUAAGAGAAUUGAGCAUCAACAGUCCCUUCUCCUCAGUUGAUGAUUUUGAUUGGUCUGGUUUAAGAUCAGCAUCAACACUCCGUGAGCUUCAAUUAGAAGGGCUGCCUCACACGGAGUCCCUGCCACACCAGCUUCAAUACUUGACUACCCUCACUUCACUAAGUCUGGCCAACUUUGGAGGAAUAAAAGUGCUACCGGAUUGGAUUGGAAACCUUGUGUCCCUUGAAACCCUAUCGCUAUGGGAUUGCGUCAAGCUUCAGUCUUUACCACCCGAGGCUGCCAUGAGACGACUCACAAAGUUAACAAGUGUUGAAGUUGAUGAGUGUCCUCUGUUAAGACAACGAUACACUCCCCAAAGAGGCAUCUACUUGGAGGAGGAGAUUUCAAGUGAUUCGAGUCUUAGAAAGCAGACCUCAUGUUGUUGGACAAAGACACCACCCUUUGCUGUUGCAUUUCUUACAAGAUUGCCAGGGGGCGGAAAUGAACAACGCAAGGAAAACAUCAGCUUCAUGUUGUUUCCCAUUGCUGUUGAAGAAGAAGAGCUCAGGAGAAGAAAGAGGGGGGAGCAUCAUCCUAGCAUGGAAGCUGAUACUGGAGACCUGUAUCAUCCGAGGUGCGCAGCUGAUUUUGGUCAGACUGGACCGAUGGACUUCUUGGUAAAAGAGUUGGAUGUUUGUGACAGUAUAAACAAUCAAUUUGGAGCAGUGAGAGAAAUGCAGAUGCAAGAAGUCGAGAAAUGCAGAUGCAAGAAGUCUUGA